CACCGAUCUCCGAAAAUCACCUUCACCUGAGCAUCAUCCGGGCGCCUAGUUACUCAAUAUGUUGAGCGGUAGCGUUUUGUUCAAAUACCUUCAAUACUCAUAAUAUUUUCCCCUAAGAUGCCUCCUCCAAACCACUCAAACAAACCUACGCUCGCACAAUGGAUUUUCGACACCCGCUCCUGGUACGCGGAGGCGACCCGAACCAAGGACUUGGAAACCCAUGCUGCCCGGGCCUUGUCCCUGGUCCCCGCCUCCAUCACCAAGCAAGUACUCAACUAUUUCCAUGUCCGCGACGCCAAAAUGGCCCUCGGCUCGGACCUACUCAAGCGCUACGCAAUUUCCAAACUCACCCAUACCCCCUGGCAGCGGAUCACCUUCACCCGUGACUCGCACACCAAGCCCGUCUACGUCGACCCGGCGACAGGCCGCCAGCCUGUGUCUUUUAAUAUAAGCCACCAAGCAGGCAUCGUCGCCAUCGUCGCAGUAGCCAACUUUCCUUCCCCCACCUCCCGCACCGACCAGGACGAGGACGCCGGGGAGGAGACGCCGCCAGCCCAGGUCGGCGUCGACGUGGUCUGCACCAGCGAGCGCCGGGACCGCGACCAGGAGAUGAUCGCCAAAGACGGAUGGCCCACCUUCGUCGAUAUGCACGCCGAUGUUCUCAGCCCUGGGGAGGUGAGCUACCUUAAACACCGAGUGCUGGCGGCCGUGCCGGAGCUGGUGGCGCCGCCCCCGCCCCCGCCCACGGCCGAGGCGAUCAACGACGGCAAGCUGAGGGCGUUUUAUGCGCUGUGGGCGCUGCGGGAGGCGUACGUCAAGUUGACUGGGGAGGCGCUGCUUGCCGAAUGGCUGAAGGAGUUGGAAUUUCCCGCGGUGAGGCCGACGAAUCCAACGCCUGGGUGGGGGGUGCCUGCGUGGGAGGAGGGCGGCGAGGUGUUGAGAGAUGUGGAGAUACUGUUCAAGGGGAGGAAGGUGGAGGAUGUGAACAUGAGCCUGAGAUCAAUGGGGCAGGACUACAUGAUUGCCACGGCGGUGCGGACGCCGGGCAGGCCGGAGGAAGGGCUGGGGUGGACACUGGGGCCGUAUGAGAUGUUGUCGUUGGAGGAGGUAUUACGGUUUGCUGAGGCAAGCAGGUGAUGAUGGUGGAUAAUUUGGGUAGUAGAGGGUACAGC